UUUACCACAUAUAGAUGAUAACAAAUAGCCGUGACAUUUGAUCAUCAUAAAACAACACGGCAUUAAAUCACCUGAUAAUUGUGUGUGGUGUUGUAACAGGUCGCUUUAUCGAUAUACUAUGGGGGUCAAAGCUCAUUAGCAUGUGCAGAUUUGUCGGCGCACGAUCAUAGGAGGUGGUACUAGGCCUACUUUUCGCAAGGCAUAUUGGGACGCACAGAUUACUGCUCGCUGUCACAAUGGCUUUGACGCUCGGAGAGCGCGUGGAACAUUUGCUCCUGGUCCUUGUGCCUCGGCUGCUUUUGGCACUUUUUAGGUUGCUCUCACCAGGAAGAUCAGGCGGAUCUAAACGUCUCCCUCCCAUCGAAAACCCACUUCUUACACUGUCUGCAAUGCAGCUGGCUCAGAAGAUACGUAGAAGAGAGGUUACAAGUGUGGAGGUCGUCCAGGCUUACAUUGACAGGAUACAGGAAGUAAACCCACUGCUCAAUGCUGUUGUCAAACACAGGUUCUCAUCAGCACUAUUGGAGGCCGCUCAGGUAGAUAAAAAAAUAAAGGAGAACAAUGAAGGAGAAGAAGUUCUGAAGGAUCGAUUUCCUCUGCUGGGUGUCCCACUAUCUGUUAAAGAGUCUUUCUCUCUUGAGGGUAUGCCCAAUGCUACCGGCUUGAUAUCCAGGGCUAAAUUCAUUUCCAGUGUGGAUGCUCCAUCUGUGGGCUUGUUGAAGAGAGCCGGAGCUAUUCCUUUAGGUGUCACCAACACCAGUGAGCUCUGCAUGUGGCUGGAGUCCAACAACCACCUGUAUGGGAUCACCAACAACCCCUAUGAUCUAGAGAGGACAUGUGGAGGAAGUUCAGGUGGUGAGGGUAGUAUCAUAGGUGGCGGUGCAGCUGUUAUAGGCAUUGGCUCUGAUAUCGGAGGAAGUAUCCGUAUACCGUGUUUUUUCAAUGGGAUUUUUGGCCACAAAACAACAAGAGGGGUGGUGUCAAAUGACGGUCAGUUUCCCAAAACUUCCAGUCUUCAGGAUGACUAUGUGAGCACUGGUCCUAUAUGCCGCUAUGCUGAAGAUCUCCUCCCCCUUUUGAAGAUAAUGGCUGGACCCAAUGCCGACAAACUCUCUCUCUCUGACAAGGUGGAUCUGAAAAAGUUGCGUUUCUUCACAAUUGUAGAUGAUGGAGGAUCUCACAUUACUUUGCCAGUAGAUCAUCAGCUCAUUGAAGCUCAAAAGAGGGUGGUUGCACGUUUAGAGGCUGAUCUGGGAGUUACGGUGAAAGAAGUUAGUUUUCCUCAGCUCAAGUACGCUUUUCAUAUCUGGGAUACAUUUUUGGCUUUACCUGACAGAGAUGGCAAGCCUCCUCAACCUUUUGUUGAGCUUAUGGCAGAUGGGGGCUCUGUUUGGCUCAUAUGGGAGGUGAUAAAAAGCAUAUUUAGAAGAUCUGAACACACGGUGGCUGCAAUUGGUUUGGCUCUCUAUGAGAAGACUCACAGCAGCGUACCGUCUCCGUUUAUCCUGAAGCAGAAGGAAGAACUCCAGAGAGAGGUGGAUGAGCUACUGGGAACAGAUGGAGUUUUGCUCUACCCCUCUCAUCCUUUCCUCGCCCCCAAACACCAUCAUCCUCUAUUCAGCCCUGGAAAUGUAGCUUACACAGGAAUUAUGAACAUCCUUGGCCUGCCAGUGACUCAGUGUCCAUUGGGACUGAGUAAAGAGCGAUUACCCUUAGGGGUGCAGGUGGUGGCAGGGAAGUUUCAAGACCACCUGACCAUAGCUGUUGCACAGCAUCUAGAGAUGACUUUCGGAGGCUGGAGAGAUCCUGGAGUGGCGUGAGGAAAUAACACAACUGGAGGAAUGGUUGAUAAUGCACACCUGGGGCCGGAUUCACAAAACAUUCUUAAGAAGAAAAAUGCCAUUUUUAUCUUAAAUUCAAACUUAAAAAAAAAGUUAAGAAUAUUUUGUAUGUUCAAAAAAGCUUCUUAAGAAAGUUCUCGAAAAAGAAACUUAAGUAACAUCUUAAAGAAAGGAUAACCUCACAGUAGUUUUAAAUCUCAAAAUGUUUUAUAAGUUCAUUUGAUUAUUUUAAAUGGCACAUGUAUUGUGUAGUCAGAAAUAGAUCAUUUAAACUGUUAACUUCACAAAGACACAAAGGAAUUUCAUACUCAUAUAGUAAUAAAGGUAAAUGGUUUACUUUUGUAAUAUGUCACGUAUAAACACAUAAGUAUUAAUAUUAGCUAACAUUUGACUUCCUUCAUAAUACAUUUAUUGUGAAAUUAUUAACAGCUCAACUCAAUGACGCUCUGAGCAGGAGUCAAACCAGCAAUCGGUCCGUCAUGCGAGCGCUCCGAAAGGAUUGGAUAUUUAGGGAAUAAUAUUUACUCACCGCACUGCCUUCAUACACUAACUGUUACAACAACAAAUAACAUGUUGUAUGGUAUUAACAUAUCACUCUUUUCAUUUGUGGUAUAUAUCGCAUUAAUGAUUGCAAGGUGGUAAAACUGGUGGAUGACUAUAACCUCAUGAACAGGGUAGAAUAAUUUAUUUUAAAGCUUGUCAUUUUAUUCUUAAAACAAAAAUUUAAGAUCUUAAGUAAAUAUUUUUAAACUUCUUAAGAAAUGUUCAAGAACUUUCUUAUUUUUUGUCUUAAGAAUGUUUUUGUGAUUCUUGCCCCCCGUUUUUUUUUUAGAAAUUUUGAACAUAUUUUUUUUCCUCUGAUGUAAGCAAAGGUGGACAGAAUUUAAAUAUUUUACUUUUAAUUUAAAAGUAAUUUUUCAAGUAUUCAUAUUUUAUCAGUGUUUUUCUUUGGAAUACAUACAGCAUAUUAUCAUAAUUUUUACUCCACUACAUUUUAAAGUGUUUUUUACAUUUAAUAUUUAAUAAUUAAUUAAUUAAAUAUUUAAAAGUACAUUAAAUUAUCCAGUCCUUGUACUUUUACUUAAGUAAUAGUAUGAGAGCACAAUUUUAAUGUAAUUAGGUAUUAAAUACAUUUUAAUAUGCGAUAUAAACCGUAUGAUUCUAUGCUUUUGAAUGUAGUGAAGUAACAAAAAUUCCUGUACUGUCCACCUCUGGAUGUGAAGUAUAUGAGUGGUUUGAAAGCUUUGGCCUCUGUUAUCUGAAGGGGGCGGUUUCCCAGACAGGGCUUAUCCUAGUCCAAGAUUAAGAUGCCUUCAUUUGAAAACACCUUGUACUGACAUAUCUUAACACAUGGGUAAUUCUCACGAAAUCCAGAUUUAAAAGGUGUCCAGCAUCAGAAUUUUUAAAAAGCCCUUGAAGCCAAUUUUUUUGCACAUAUAAGAUUAAGGUCUGAACUUACUAUAACCAUUAUUUUUAGAGUAUUUAAAAAAAUAUUUGCUAUGAUUGAAAUUUUUUAGAUUAUCGUUAUCAAAAAUGAUCAUUACCGCAACAUGAUAUUACAUUAAAUAUAUCCAUUUACAAACUCGUGUUUCGGUAAUGAGAACUAAAAAGUUGUCUAGGUACUAUGAUGAACAAAAUUUAAACUUUUAUCUUAAGAGAAAAAAUAAGAACUGCUUACCUGGUAGCCAUCUUGAGUGUCACAGUUAAUUAUGUCCCUUCCAACUAUUUUUUUUGAAAAUGUUAGUUCCUUGAGGGCUUAAACUAUGCUUGAAAAUUGAGGAUGAGAACAUUUUUCUUGGACACAUUUAUAAUCCUUAUUAUUGUCUCUACAUUUACCAAUGAUCACCAAAUACCACAUGUUUCUUUACUGUAAAUGUUUAUAGUAUAACAUGCACUGAAGCUUUUUAUUUUUUUGAUUUUUUUAAUUAUAAAUAUUUCCAUGUCAAAGAACCCAAAUCCAGUCAUGGACACGUUGCUGUAAUGAAAUUUUCCCCUUAAAUGUGGAAAAACAACAAAAUUGGUUUGUAUGAUGUCAUUUGAAAUCAUGUGCAAAAUAGUACAUGAAGAAAUGUUUGUAACUGUAUGCUUCUUAUUUUUAACUCUUAAUUUUCUUUUACUUUAUCAAAAUGCUUCAUGACACCUCUUAAGUUCCAUUUUGCGAGAAUCACCCAUAUACCAGUGCCAUUGGUUUGUCUCAAGAUGCACACCAGUAUUUUUUUUUGUAAGGUAUGCUGGUUAAAACUAUAUAAAUGUCUUAAUAUAACCAAGUUCUGGAUUAAUCUAAACCCUAUCUGGGAAACUGCCCCGCAAGUAUAUAUAUUAUACUCAAUACUUAUAUUCAAUGUAUACAGUCAAUGUAAUAAUUCCCCCAACUGGCAAAAUAUUUAUGUAUGAUUUAGUUGUGAAAUUUUUUACUUUAAGAUUUUUCUGUUGAUGUAAAAUAAUUGUACUUAAUUUUACUUUCUUAAAAUAUGCUUUAAAUAACUAACAGGCAUUUGUAAACAGUUAUUUGGCUCUUUUUGGGUAAAUGUUGCCUGUAUUCUUAUAUUAAAACAGAACAAGUACUUAUUCAGUUUGUGUCAGAACAUCAUUUUCAAUUAUUAAAUACAGAUGAUGACUUGUGUAUCAUGCAUUCAUCUUGAGCUCAGACUUUGGCUACAGACUAAAUGGAAAAAUAUAUUUAUUUCAUGCCAGAACCAACUGUUUUUUAAAGGCACAAUAAAGCCAAUGAUUUAGUUUUGAAGUUAGAGUGAUUCUGUAUUGCAACAAAACUGAUCAUAACAGCAUCUCAAAAUUGUGAAGUUUCAAUGUAUUAAAUCAAUAUGCUUAAUGAGUUGAAAAGAAAAUUAAAGAAUUUUACACUCUUCA